AUGAACGCAGCCGCCAAACAUCAGCCUGAUCUGCUAGAGAGACCCGGCAGCCUCCUGGUGCCAACAUGGAUGAAAACCGGACUUGCCCUUUUGUACGACGAACACACAAGUAACACAUACGACGUUCGUUUAAAGUUAACGAAAGAGCUGUUAAUCAUACAGAAGCAGGAUGUGGUUUGCGUGAGCGGCGGUGACUCCCAUCUAAAUCACAGAACUGUUGUACUUCGAAGACAGCUGACUGGAGGUCUCGGUCUGAGUAUCAAAGGGGGAGCAGAACAUAAAGUGCCUGUGGUCAUCUCAAAGAUUUUCAAAGAUCAAGUAGCCGAUCAGACGGGGAUGCUGUUUAUCGGUGACGCCAUGUUGCAGGUCAAUGGCAUUAACGUGGAGAAGUGUACACACGAGGAAGUCGUUCAUCUUUUGCGGACGGCGGGGGAUGAAGUCACCAUCACUGUACGCUACCUCAGGGAAGCGCCGGCCUUCUUAAAACUCCCAUUAGGUUCACCCGGACCGUCCAGCGAUCAGAGUAGCAGGGCGUCCUCGCCGCUUUUCGACAGUGGUUUGCAUUUAAAUGGGAACUCGAGCAACACGGCCCCGUCGUCGCCCUCCUCACCUUCGGCUAAUGAACCAAAGUAUGAGAAGCGCUGGCUGGAUGCCGUCAGCCUCCCUCUGUUCAUGGCUCGAAUCUCUCGACGCAAAGCUGCAACCGACAAAUUAAGAUCGAACAGUUUCGAAGUCAUUGCCUUAGAUGGAGUUUGCACGCACGUUCUUCAAUUUUGCACUGCAGCUGAAAGCACAGACUGGCUUCAAGCAAUAUCAACCAAUAUCAACGAUUUGACCCAGGAGAGCAUAAAAACGGCGAAUAAAUACUGUUCUCCUGAUGAUCAGAUUGUCCACAUGGGUUGGGUGUGUGAACACCUGCAGGGCCGCGACGUCGAGCCCCUUCACAGCUGCAGGUUCCUGGCGCUGAGAGGAUCUUCUCUCCUCGUCUUCAGGAGUCCUCCUAUCUUGGCAUCAGACUGGGCUCAAGCAGAGGCUAGUUUUCACCUCUGUGAGGUUCUCUUUAAGGUUCAUAAGCUGUGGAUAGCGGAAGACUGCUGGAUACAGACCAAGUUUUAUCUGGGGCUCCAGCAGGACAGAAUUACUGCAGAGCAGAAAUGUGGCACAUUUGCAGCAUGCUGGGACUUUCUCUCCGCUCAGCUUGACAAGGAAAUCCUCGACAAACCUCACUCUGUGUUUUGCCCAUCCCUCAGGAGAAGCUCUCCAAUUAGCGGCGUGUAUUCUCUCAUAACACCACGACACAUCUGUGCUUUCUGUGAAGAAGAGCAGGAGUGUGAGACCUUCAUGCCUCCAGAGCAUGCUUGGACAUCUGACCUGAGAAGAGACUUUAAAGGAGACAUUUUGGAAA